AUGGCAACUCGCACGCAGCAGCUCGCUCAACCCAAACCCAACCGACUCAGACAUCCGGACCGUCGGUCUGUUUACUGGCUGGAUGAGCUGCCACCAGAGAGGACUGGAUCCACCAAAACAGAGUUAACCCCUCGCUGGUCGGACUUGUGCAGAAGCAAAAAAUUCUACAUUCAAGACACGGUUUCCCCCAUAUGGGAUGUGAGUGAAUGGGCUCUCCGGGCCGUUCCAUCCGAACGCCUGCGCCGUCUGGCUCAACCUCGGGCCCCUGCAGCUGGCUGGCAGCCAGACCGACCACUUCUGCUGCCUUUGAGCCGAGGGACGCAAACAGCAGUCGCCACUUCACGCAUUUGCCAGCUUUCCCAGCCAAAGAGAAAGCAAAUUCUUGAGGCCUCCAGCCACAAAUCUAAACCUGUACCUGUGACCCACCUGCCCUCCAGAGCGUCCGCACACAUAGAGCUACUGGCCACCCCGAAGCACGAGCACCCCAAGUUUAAAGGAGAGCGCUCGGUGUACUGGCCUGUUUCCAAAGCAGCGAGAAACCACAUAGCCGGCCAGAGACUUCUCGAUCUGUCCGGUCCCAAAGAGAGGACGGCUCUGUAUGAGGGCUACGACCCGUAUGUCGUCAGCCAGGCCGCCCGCUCUGCCAGCCCCUCUCCUCGGAUACAGCAGCUCUGCCUGCCGCUGCCUCGCAAAUGUAGAAAAGUAGAAUGAAUGACGGCAGAGACGUCUGUCCCCUUGAAGGGUCGAUUGUUUUUAUUUUCCCCCACCCAAGAGUGUCCUGAUGAAGGAUUUUAUAUGUUGUCCUGAUGAAGGCCUGGUGUUUGUUCUGUGCUCUGGUAACAGCAUCCUUUAUGACAGUUAGUGUAGAAAAA